UUUAUUGAAAUGCAAAAUGGGAAAACUGGUGCAUCAGCGAUCGGAAAAUGUGGUAUGACUCUUCGGUUGAUUGUUCCAGCAUCGCAAUGUGGAUCUUUGAUUGGGAAGGGUGGCAAUAAAAUCAAAGAAAUUAGGGAAGCUACUGGAGCACAGAUACAAGUGGCCUCAGAUGUGCUUCCUCAAUCUACAGAAAGAGCUGUUACAUUAACUGGUACAAGAGACUCAAUAACGCAGUGUAUAUUUCACAUUUGUGCAGUUAUGGUGGAAUCACCUCCUAAAGGCGUAACAAUACCGUAUCGUGCUAAACCUCAGAUGGGUGCACCAGUUAUACUGGCUGGAGGACAAGCAUUUACUCUAGCAAGUGCAGGAUCCGCAGCUGGUUGUGAUGUAGGCACCAUGAUGGUAGGUGGUGGCCCAUAUAACGCUCCAAUGCUUAUGGUUCCUCCAUCGCCUAGUGCUGCAGCAAGUCUAGGCUUGAUUGAUCCACUGGAUUAUCCUCUACUGAAAAAUGCAUUCGGACCAUCACAACUGGGAAAAUUGACUGGAAAUCCGUUAGCCGGUCUUGCGGCACUUGGACUUGGAAGCUUGGGAGGACCUGCGAAUUCAUUUAAUCCAGCAGCAUUGGCGGCAUUAGCUGGCAGCCAGUUGAGAUCUAAUGGUUCUGGAACCAAUAUUAACAAUAGAUCUGGAGGCGGUCAACAAACCCACGAAAUGACUGURCCAAAUGACUUGAUUGGCUGCAUCAUUGGCAAAGGAGGAACUAAAAUCGCUGAAAUUAGGCAAAUCAGUGGAGCAAUGAUACGGAUCUCAAACUGUGAAGACCGCGAAGGAAGUGCAAGCACGGAUAGGACCAUAACGAUAACUGGAAAUCCAGACUCAGUGGCUUUAGCUCAGUACUUAAUCAAUAUGAG